CCUCCCUCCCCCUCUCCCCCCUCCGCAGUCCAAACGAAAUUAAGAGAAAUCUCCCCCAAAGUUUUCGAAACGGAGGCGAAUCCCCACCCAAAUCGGUUUGAAUCGGCCACCCACCCCACCAAACGAACCCAUCUGGUUCCGGGCUCUGGUGGCCGUGGCGACGGGCGAGCGAGCACCCCAUCUCGCCCCGCCCGCCUCCCAUGGCGUUUCACGUCGCGUGCCCCAUCACUUGCCGGAGGGUGUGCGACUGCGAGCUAGGGUUCGGCGCCGCGAGGGCCAACAAGAGGGCCGGGGCAUGGGCCGGCGUCGCGGCGGCGCUCGAGGGCUUCCUCGCCGAUCCGUGGCUGCUGAGGCCGGCGGUGGGGGGGGCGGGGGAUGCCCGAGAGCCCGGCACGGUGCAGGUGGAGGUGCCGCCGCUCGAACUGCCGGAGGAGGGCGAGGACGAGGCGUGCAGGGCGGCGAUGCAGCGCCAGGCCGCCGCCGCGGAGGACUUCGCCAGGCGCCUCGAGGGCGCCUAUGAAUCUCCGGAGGCUGAAGGAGAUGAAGAUGACUCGGAUCGAGAAGAUCAAGGGAAUGCUGCUGUCAAGGUUAUGUGCCGCUUAUGCUUCUCUGGAGAAAACGAGGGCAGCUCAAAAGCUGCCAAAAUGGUUCCAUGCAAACUCUGCAACAAGAAGUAUCAUAAGAAGUGUGUGAAAAAUUGGGGUGAACAUAGAGAUCUCUUCCACUGGAGCUCGUGGAUCUGUUCAUCUUGCCGCAGCUGUGAGGUGUGUCGGCGGCCUGGUGAUCCCAAUAAGUUAAUGUUCUGUAAAAGGUGUGAUGGAGCCUAUCACUGUUACUGUCAGCAACCCUCACACAAGAAUGUUACUCAUGGACCAUAUUUAUGUCCAAAACAUACAAGGUGUCACAGCUGUGGAUCUGGUGUACCUGGGAGUGGCCAUAGCACAAGGUGGUUUUUGGGGUACACAUGCUGUGAUGCUUGUGGGCGGUUGUUUGUGAAAGGAAACUACUGUCCAGUUUGCUUGAAGGUUUAUAGAGAUUCUGAAGUGAUACCUAUGGUUUGCUGCGACGUUUGUGAAAAGUGGGUACAUAUUGAAUGUGAUGGCAUCAGCGAGGAAAAGUACCAGCAGUUCCAAGCUGACCAAAAUCUCCAGUAUACAUGCGCAUCAUGCCGUGGCGAAUGCUCCCAGAUCAGGGAUGCAGAAGAUGCAGUUAGGGAGCUUUGGAAGAGGAGGAACAUUGUUGAUCAUGAUCUUAUGGUUAGUUUAAGGGCUGCUGCUGGACUGCCUUCUUUAGAAGAUGUGACACCUUGUCCAAACUCGGACGAUGAAAGGCUCGGUGCAUUAGUAUUGAAAAAUGAUGGUAGAAACACACUAAAAUUCUCUUUCAAAAGUAACAGCAGUAAGCCUCCAUUAGAUCAAUCUGAACAAGAAAAGAAUGUUCCUAAGAACUCAGGGACGAAUAAGAAGCAUUCCAAGAAAAAAGGCAAUCAAGGUAAUAAGUCAGUUGCUGAUCCGAAUGAGAUAUUUCUUGAGAGAAGGCAUGAAGUCAAAUCAAUGAGUAGUCACUUGGGAGAUCAUACUGUAGAUAUUAAUCAUGACAGGAAUUCUUUCAAGAAUAAUGAGAAUGUGUUUGUUUUAUCUUCAACUCGAAGUUCAGAGAAGGAUCUGAAAUCCACAUCUGCGAAAGCUGCAACAAACAGUGCAGAUAUGAUACCAAAAGUCAAAAUCAAAGGCAGUAAGGUGCCGAGCCUGCAUUUCAAAGAUAUAGGUGAGGAAAAUAAUGCCAAGGGUGACACAGGGAAAGGUACCAAGUUGGUUAUUCAUCUUGGAACACGUCACAAAAGUAAAAGUGGCUCUCCUAAGUCUGAAAUGUCCAAUUCUCAUAAAGAGCAAGAGCUUGGUUUGAUGCAUGGAGGGAAAAUUGAUGUAACAAGCCACUUCAAAAGCUCGAAGAGUAGUAAAAAGGAAAAAAGUGUAAUGAAACUAGUUGGAGAGACAGGAGUACAGCAAAGAAGUAGCCUUUUGGGAGAUCUGGGCACCUCCAAAAAGCAUGCAACUGGAAAAAGGAGCAGUGCUCUAAUUUCUGGGAUGGAAAAUGCAAGUGAAAGUGGAACAAGAAGCAGAUCAUUUGGACAUAAGCAAUCUAUUCCCAGUCAGCUGACAGAGAGCCAGGGCACUGCUUCAGUUCCUGUCAACAACUCUCCUGACAGCUUAAAGCCCUCGUUGCUUAAACUCAAAUUUAAGCGUCCACAUUUGGAGCAGCCAAGUGCCCAGGUUUCCCAACCAGAGGAGCCGGCCACCUGGGCUUCUCAGCAAGAGGACUUAAAUGUUGCUAAAGGCCAGAGAUCAAAGAGGAAAAGACCUUCGACAGACAAGAUGGAUGGCUCAGAGGGCAGUACUCCAUCCAAGAGGCAUGGGCAGAGCACGGGGGACGAAGCAAUGGAUGCGACCUGGAUACUGCGCAAGUUGGGCAAUGAUGCAAUUGGGAAGAGGAUUGAGAUCCAAUUAGCUUCUGAUGGCAAAUGGCAUCAAGGUGUGGUAUCUAAUGUCAUCAGCGGCAUGCUUUGUGUUCAGUUAGAUAAUGGUAGCUCUGAGAACUUAGAGCUGGGAAAGCAGGCAGUUCGAUUGAUAGCUCAAAGAUCGAAGGGCGGAAAGAGAUGAAACCUUUCUCCAUCUACUCUCGUCUCUUCCCGGUAGUGCGGCGGGCGGAGUUCACCCGGCGGCUGCUGCUCAUGUGGUGGCUCCUCCACAUACUGCCGCUGACUGGACGAGUUACAGUGCGCAACCUUGCGCCGGUUACGUCAUCAGUCUAGCGUAACAGACUUGUUUUCCAUGCUGUUUGAAGCUCAUUUGCUUCCAUUGAAUUCGUUAGUGUAGCAACUGGGAGAGUAGUUCGUUUUCCAUGGAUGUAAAAGACGCUGUUAGCGUGCUGUUGUGAUGGUCUUGUACAUGUGGAUGUUGAAUGAGGAGUUCGAAUGAGUUUUCCCUUGACA